CAUUCAGGGCUGGAGUCUUUCUGACAGUCUAGAAACAGGGUUUGGGCUCUUCCGUAUUCAUGAAGGGAGGGACGAGACAACCGACUGGAACUAACUUUGUAAAGGAAUGGUUUGAAGAAAGAAAGUUGCUGUGCGUUAGAAAAAAGAUUGUCCCAAUGAUUUCCUCCAAAGUCAAAGGAAACUGACGUCUGAGGAGGGUGGAGAGACUGUCAGCACAGCACUCAAAGGAAACUUGUGUGAAUGUGUGUGUUUGUGUGUGUGUCUGUGUGUGUGUUUGUGUGUGUGUGUGAGAGAGAGAGAGAGAGAGAGGGAGCACAUGAUUGUACAGUAUGUACAAGAGUGUGUAUCUAAGGAUGAGCAAGCACUUUGAUCUUUGAAGAAGAUUCUGUGUGGAUGAAUAAGAGUAGUUUUAGAACACAAAAGUUGUAUACUUCUUCUGCUGACAUGAGACUAUAAACCAACAACCACAAAAAGCUGCUAGCUGAAGGUUAGCGCCUCCUCCCUCCGCCUGCUCAGCCCUGUGGUGCCCACUUUUCCCACCAUUCAGCUGCCAACAUGCUGCAGCAAAUCCUCAAGGACAUGUACAUUGACCCUGAUGUACUGAAUGCUCUGAAUGAAGACCAGAAAAAGACCUUGUUCUUGAAAAUGCGCCAGGAGCAGGUGCGACGCUGGCAAGAGCGAGAAGAGAAACUAGAGAGAGAGGGAGGAGAUGCUGAGCUGAAGCGAACAAAGCCAAAAAAAGCCAACAGUAAGAGUGUGAGCUGGUUGCUUGGUCGGGAUGGAGAUGUGGCGGUCCUUGUGAUCGGAGAGGUGGAUGAACUGACCUCCAAAUUCAUCUGCUCAGGACUUGGAGAAAAGAAGACAUCGAAUCUCCAAAACAAUGCAAAUCAUCAAACUAUCUUGAAGAACAGAAAAACCACAGAAGCUGUCAAGACUGAGCGAGAGAACCUAAAUCCUAUAUCAUCUGGUAUCCAACUAAAUAUAAAGGCAAAAUGUGGGGAAGCGAGCACUUUACACCCUCUGCCGGUGUCAGUGAGUGAGCACUCAUCACCUCCAGCAGUAGAGAAGCCCGAGUUGAAGUCAGCCAAUGCGACUGAGGAGAAGUCAGUUCCCCAGUCCUCCAUCUGCUCCAGGCCUCCCAUGAGAGCUAGCCCUGUCAACGUGAGACCAGCUUCUGCAAAUGCGGCACCAGGCUCUGUCAACACGAGACCCGGUGUUGCGAAUUUGAGGCUGGCCACCACAGCGCCGUCCCCUUCCCCCAGCAGCACUGUCAAAACAGACUCUGGAAAAGUGGUUCCCGCCAAAGCUGUCCUGAACUCACAGGAACCUGAGAAGUCCCAGGAAUCACAACAUGGCAAAGAUAUCGGGUCAUCUAAAGUGUAUCAGAAGGCCACCUUAGAGGAUGCUGGAUCAUCAGGGAACAUGACACCCUGCGCAGGGCGUGGCAGGGUGGCACAGCUGAUGAAAACCUUCAGUGUCGAAAACUCCCCCGCACAGACCCCGUCCCGAGGUAUCAAGCCUCCUAUCCCCACCAAGCCUAGCCACUUGCGUCUUACAACCACACCUUCCGUUAGGUAAUCCGUGCACAAAGAUGCAAAGAUGCACACUCAGCAUCACCAGUCCCCAUGAUUCACUCGAAGCCUCACUGGACAUUAUUACACACCUGAUGUAGAGCCUGGGCUGAUGUGGGAUGAUGGGAUUGAGUUUCCCACAGGUGGCUUUUCAGAAAUGGUAACACUCACGCUGUUGUUUUCACUCUCAAAAUGUUCAAAUGAUGCUUGAAUGUAGUGGUUUUCUUUUAUUUGUGGAUUCUUUAGUACUGUAAACAGGCUUAGUGGGAACGAAAUUCCAAAGCAACUGAUUCAACUGAAUUUUCUUUUUGUAUAACUUACACUUUGCCAGGGAAUUGUUGACUAUCACAUGUAUUCAUUUGUUGAUGCUUUCCACUUUGCACAGUGUAGAAAAAUAUAGUCAAAUAUAAUGUUUUACACCCAAUAAGCCUGUAAGACCAAUAUUGUUUACCUACCAGUACAAUAGUUUUUUGCCCCUCUGAGAUAGUUUGCAUUAGCUCAUCUGAAAACACUAUUGUGAUUCAAUUUUUUUAUUCUUAUUUCUCUCAUUUUGAACAAAUGAACGGACAUGGACAGGCAGAACAGGGUGAAAUAAGGUACAGUCGGGUUCAUCCUGCUGUCUCUUCCCUGGGAAUAGUGUAGGGUUGUUUAUUUGUCACAAUGCAAUGUAUGCUUCGCUCUGCCACCUGGCAGCGGCCUCACUGCGACCUGUUGUGGACCAAUGACAGUGCCAAAUGCCUCAUCUGUCACUCCCAGUGGAUCAAAUCCUGGCAAGUUAGACAGUCGCUGCCAAAUAAUCCAGCUAAGAUCUGUGUUACUCUUCUUCAUUUUCUCAGUGCUGUUUUGCUGAUGUGUGGUUGAGUUUGUUUUUGUUUUUUUUACAUUUUCUAUAGGGAGAAAGAUGUUUUGUAAUGGGAUAUUUAACACUAUUGCAAUGCCUCAUCAAUGGCACUUUUGUAUUUGAUGACAAGCUUGUGUGGUGCAAUCAAAGAAACAAUAAAAUUAAACCACCUCAUGGUGUCUGAAAUACCA